AUGGAUGACAGCACUGAUGCUACACAUACUGCUCAACUUGCCAUUUUUAUUCGCAGUGCUGAUGAUGAAUACAAUGUCACUGAAGAAAUAGCUUCUUUGGUGCCAUUGAAAGACACAACUAAAUUAAGAGAUUUAUGCAAAGCGCUGCUUUCUCAACCCAGCAUCACCACGGUGGACACCUUCCUGGGUAACUGGAAGCUAGUGGAUAGCAAGAAUUUCGAUGACUACAUGAAGUCAAUUGGGGUGGGUUUUGCUACCAAGCAACUGGCCAACAUGACCAAGCCUACCACAGUCAUCGAAAAGAACGGGGACACUAUCAUCCUAAAGACAGAGAGCACCUUUAAGAAAACAGAGAUCAGCUUUAAGCUUGGGGUGGAGUUCAAUGACACAACAGCAGAUGACAGGAAGGUCAAGUCCACUGUGACACUGGAUGGAGGCAAACUUGUCCACCUGCAGAAGUGGGAUGGGCAACAGAUGACACUUGUGCCGGAGCUAAGUGAUGGAAAACUUAUACUGACGCUCGCCCAUGUUUGCACUUAA